AUGCCAUCAUUAACCGAUGAUGCAAUUGCAAUCAUUAGAGUUGGAGAUCCAAAGUACUUCAUCCUCCAACAUCACAACAUCCAAUUAAACCCGGAGAGGAUAUUUCGGACGCUUGACGAGUUGUAUGAAUCCUCAUUCUCGGUAAAUUCUUUUUCUAUUCCCGAUGAGUUAGAGGAAUGGGCAUGUGUUGAUGUUGUCCAUUCCGUUGCAUUAUCACUUCUCCUACCAAUACCAUUUUAUCAAAACCAUAUGAUAUUAGUAGGGCCAUUAUCGAUUCUCCUACCAAUAUUUUUUAUAAAACCAUAUGGUAUUAAUAGGGCUAUUAUUGAUUCUUCUAUCAAUAUCCCAGUAUAUCGAUGGACAGUUCACUGGAAAUUUGGGAGAGAUUUUGAUCAGAAGUUUUAUGGGACCUGUUUGCAUGUUAUCCGCAGAUGUAACAAUGUUCUCUACCUUCGUGGAGUUCCAGAGGAUGAAGAAAUAGAAGAUGCAGACCGAGACUAA